AUGCCGACAACCGUGGAGGACGUCACUGCAAAGGCGGAGAUGUUGGAGAUAGAACCCAAGAGUGGGGUUGAUUUGAAGCCAACAGUAGUCGACCAUAAGGACAAUGAGGCCGAACCCAAGGUUGAACUCAAUGGGGAUGGUUCUGUGGAAAAGGAAGGAGAAGAGAACAAGAAAAACGAGGCUAAGGUGGAUGAAGUGUCAGUGCCUGAUGAAGUUGAAACCAAAACUGGGAUUUCUUUUCCAGGUAAGUUGGAUGAUGGGAAGCUGCUGAAAGCUGUUGGUUUGAGAAAGAAGAGCAUGCUUGGCAUGGGCAUCAAAAUUUACGCCUUUGGGAUAUAUGCAGACAAUGAGAAACUGAGAGAACUUGUAACAGCAAAAGUUGGGAAAGCACCAUCCAAACCAACUAAGGAAAUGCUUCCAGGUUACACUCUCCAAACAAAAGUUAUGGGUGAGAUUGUGAGCACAGUCGAAAGUGAACUACUCUGCAGGGCUUACAUUUACAUGUAUUUGGGGGAAGAUCCUUUUGACAAAGAAGCUAAGGAAAAGUUUGGGAUAUCCCUUCUUUCUCUUUUCUGA